CGCAGGCUCGGCACCAGGCAACGUAAAUCCUGCCGUGUCGAGUCGACUCGUUAACUAGCAGUUAGUGCGCUCGAGCGCCUGAUGCCGCCGAUGAAUCAACGGUCAGCACGAACUUAACUCACUAACGAGCAUGCAACUAAGUACUGGCAACGGAGCGCUGCGGUCAACAUCGACAUCAUCCGUCGUCUCUCUCAUCGAUAAUAAUCUCGUCUCGAUGGUUUUCUCUUAGCCGCCACAUUUAACUUACUUAUCCCGUUUCACUCGUCUGUUCCUCUCUUCUUCAAGCGACCGCACCUCACUUUUAUUUUAUUAUUUUUUUUCCUUUGGUCUUUCUUGUGAUUCUGCUUUGGAUCCUGGUGGAGCCUUUCUCGCUGCCGAACACCGUCCUACCGAAUCCUCGAAGCCAACACACCUAACAUUUCUACAUUCCAUCUACGUCUCUCUUCGCUUGGAGGAACGGGUGUGACUGCUGUGUCCUGGCAACCAGAUCCUAACCCUGCAACGCCCACAAGACCGCGGAGUCUCCCAUCCGGUUCGCUGUUCUUGAUGCGUGAAUCGUCGGACACUCCGCCUCCUCUCCAUUUCUCGCCUCCAUCAAGCGACCACGACCGUACCUCAACCCGUGAAUCCACACCAAUUGGCACUCCAGUCGGCUCUGGCCUCGCGAGUUCACGCAGACCCGAUCGGGAUCGAAAUUCCUAUUUUCCCUGGCAACGCAAACUCGGGGAGGAAGGCAAACCGGCUGCACGCGACCGUCAUACCAGCUUCUUAGGCGACCUAGGUGACUCUACAUUCCCUCUGUUUCAGUCUUCACCGCCUGAACGGACCAUGGAGAAUACAACGUCUCCGAUCAACAUUUCGGCGUCUCGCCAGACAUCUCUUUCCCCACCCGGCCAGCAAGCGUCCAACCUCACGUCCGCCCUGCAGAGAGCCGCGGCCGUGGACCGCCCUGACCUGAUCCCCGCCUGGAAUGGGGCCAGCCCUACCGCAUUCAAGACGAAUGGGGCGCGAAAGGACUCGUUCAGCGCCACAAUGGCACAAUAUUCGAAUGGUUCCAAGCCGAUUACUGUCGCUGGUUCUAACCGUGACAAGCCACGUCGAGAGAGUCUUGCAGGCAGUCUAGUCGGAGGGAUGAGCUGGGGUGGUGUAUCGGUUGGAAGUUGGAUUAGAGAUGAUAUUAUCAUGACAGGAACUUCACCUUUCACACUACAGUCGCCCUCCUACCACUCCUCCUCGUAUCUGCCCAAACUCGAAGCAAAUUUCAUGCGCGACUUUUCUUGUUGUGGAAUCACGCUUCCCACACUUCAUGAUCUCCUUCAACACUAUGAAGAAGCCCACGCUCAAAAGUCGCCUCCGCCGCCACAAAGGUCGCAGUCAAGUCAGACCAUAUCAGAUAACAGAUCCGGCACGGCUGGAAAUCAAAUGCAGCAAAAUCAACAACCCGGUGCCGGGAAGGGAUUCGUCACACCUCAUCCUGUUGGCAACCAGCGCCCGCCAAACCAGAUGACGAGCGCAUCUCAACAACGGAUUCAACCACAGGGUGGAUUUAACACCUCCCGGGUUAUGGAUUUACCGGAUCUUGAUACUGUUGAUGAUAUGGAGAUGGACGAUCCCUUGUCAGAUACUAGUUUCCAGCAGCCCCAACAACAAGGAUUUUUGCAGGCUCGCUUUAGUCAGGAGAAUAGAGGAAACAGAGUGUCACCGCUCAAUCUGGGAAUGCUUCAAAACCAAGGAUUUAGAAGCUCGCAGCCCGGUACACCCGUUUCUCCUGCAAGGCCCCUUCAAAAUAAUCCGACCGUAUCUUCCGUGAAUACGCCAACCCUCUUACCCCACUCUCUACAACAGCAGCAAGCUUCUCAGUUCCGCAAUACUCCCGAGUCUUCUACGCCUGGCACUCCUGCAGAACUCGACGAGUCGAUCGUUGGCGGAAUGAAUGACAUGUCUAUGCAAGGCGCCCCUCUUCCAGGGAACCAGCCUCAAUACCCCGGAUAUGGCGGGCAGAAUGAUAUGCUGGAUUUGUGCAUUGACGAACCAGCCAAAAGAUUGUUUAGACAGGGCGGAGGUUUCAAGAAUACACAGCCGAAUGCCCAGUUCCGGUUGGGCGGGGCCCAAUACGGACCCAACAGUGAAAUCGCACAACGCAUUCGAGAACAGCAGAGGCUUGCUGGUGUUCCUGAUCCAUCAUUCCUUAGGCCUGAUGAGGAACCUAAACCUUAUAGAUGUCCUGUCAUUGGGUGCGAAAAGGCUUAUAAAAACCAAAAUGGUCUCAAGUACCAUAAAUCGCACGGCCACAACAACCAACAACUCCAUGACAAUGCUGACGGAACAUUCUCUAUCGUCAACCCUGAAACUUCCAUCCCAUACCCAGGCACCCUUGGCAUGGAGAAGGAGAAACCUUACCGCUGCGAAGUUUGCGGAAAGCGAUACAAGAACCUUAACGGCCUCAAAUACCACAAAGCCCAUUCACCGCCAUGCAAUCCCGAGCUAUCAUUCAUGACUAAUAGGAAUAUGAACACCGGCGGAGUUAUGCAAGGCGAAAAUGUUAAUGUUGCUGGAGCCGGUCUCCCAGGAAUCGGAGAAUAAAAGGGUGUUGCCCUUAAGUCUUCCCCUCCAAUUAUAAAAGUUAACACAGGAUGCAAAAGUCAGGGCGAACAAAACGGAGUGAAAUGGGGUCGACACGCAAAUACAAGGUACAUAGAUAGAGAGCCUGGAGGCGUAUGUUUUGGGUUUGUGGAUUUCUUCUCUCACGAUCGGCUCCCAUUUUAUUUUCUUUGCGCUUUGGGAUACAUUAACAAAAGGGGGUACGCUUGGCCUUUUUUUUUUUUUUUUUUUCCUUUUGCUUGUUCCGUCUGUCUUUUUUGCUCCUCUUGGCCGGCUUCUUUUUAAUCCCCCGAUCUGUCUUUGCAUGCACGGGGUAAGCAUGUACAUACACUCCGAUUCCCUUCUAGUGUCCGGAUCUUCGAGUCGCAGGACCCUUUUUCACCGACGGCCUUGGUCCUAUUUUCUUCCACGAGCAAUUCGCAACGGCCACCUUUCCGAUACUAACUCUUAUCUGACAUCUUCUUUUCUUGCACAUACCGUUACGGAAGCUUUAGACUCCCAUACACCACUCUUCUACUCCUCGCCGCAUGCUGUUCUGAGUUUUCCUCGAUUUUUGGCACUGGAUUGAUCUUCGCUAAUUGUUCCCGUUGGUGUCUUUUGGAUCGUGACUGAUUUUAUAUCUCUUUCUCUUGUUUUAUUUCCCCCGUACUAUCUUGUCUAAUCGCCUUUUUUGAGUAAUGAUUUCGCUAGCGAAAUAGACUGCAUUUUUAAUAUCCUCACUUUUCAUUUCCUUCUUUCUUGUUUCAUGUGUUUUUUAGUAUUUACCUAUGUUUGUCAAAGUCACUUUUGUUCUGAAUGCUUCCCAUCCUGAUCAUGCCCGUAUGUACUGUACUUUGGAUUGUUUCCCCAUCUGCUUAUCCAAAGUUGAAGGGAGAGAGAGA